GGGUCUGAACUAUAGCUUUGGAUUUGUGUGCAAAAGUAUUAGAUGUACAAUAAGGCAGUAUAAAUCAGAUGGCUUUUACGUCACAACUCUCUUUCCCAGCAUGCAGCUCGGGCGCGGGCUUUCACACACACGGACAGACAGACGACAAAGAAGCUCAUUGAUGUAGUAGAGGGUUUCACCAUGGACACGUUUGUCACAGAGACGUUGACUGCAUGGCAGCUUGAGAACUUGAUUGACACAUUUAAAGACCAGGAAGUUGAUGAGGAAAGUUUCCGCCUGCUGGAUGCCAUUGCCAUUGCCUCGCUAAUACCGAAAAUUGGACACCGUGUCAAAUUCCAGAAAUGUCACAAGGAACUUACUGCCAUUGCCACUAACGCACCAAGGGUUCUCCAAGUUCUGUAGACACUUCAAUGGAGGAGUCCACAUCAAGUAAUCUCCUGACUGAGACGUUGAACCUGCAACCAUCAUUUGCAAUUCGCCAGAUUCUUCAAGGCACUACUCGGGGGAAAGAAAUAGUACAGAGUUUAGAAGAAAAGCGCUCCAUCAUCAGCAAGCAGAGAAAGCAACUUGUAAGACUACUUGUAUCUCACCUGCUGGAAACCAAUGGUGAAACGCCAUCCACAGACACAAAGAAAGCCCUUGCCGUGGCAUUGGUGUAUGAAUUCCCUUGCCUUUUGGAUGGUACAGGCAGUGGCUAUGGAGCUUGGUACACAACUGGCCGAAAUCACAAACCUGCUACAGGUUUCCUGGAGGAGCGCUUGAGGAACGCCAGGAAGCGCAUGAGAAUUCUGAAACGACCACGCCACCAAGAACAACAGAAGGAACCGACCGUCCCCAGUACACCAGAAUAUGAUGUGCCUCCUGAAAAACUUCUAGAAAUGGUUGAAUGGAUGAAGGUCAAUCGGUAUCCGGUGUCCCAAGUUGAGGACUACAUGAAUCAAACAGCUCUACAUAGAGGCAAGUGGAUUCGCAGCAAUGGAUCUAAAAGCCUCCCGGAAAUCUUGACUGAGUUCCCUAGGCUUUUAGACAAUCCUGGCAUGAUAUCACAAGACUUCCAGCAGCUUCAUCCAGAGGCAGUGAGAGAACUGUUUCAGAACUGGGCUACUAUGAGUGACCAAAUCCUUACAUAUGCCCAGCGAGAGGGAAAACUGCCCUUGGUGUUUGAUGACAUGACACCAGACCGAGCUUUGAAAGUCCUGCUGAUUCUGCUUCCUCCAUCGGUCUACAGGAUUGGAGGAAAAGUCCACAGACCCACCAUAGAGGAGUCCCGCAAGUCCUUCAUUAAUAUCCAACCAGUGGGCACCAACAUGGUACAGUACCUACAGACAGUAGAGAGAACUCAACCCUUCCCGCACAUCUUGUGUCUUGGUGAUGACAUGACAACAUGCCAGACCUUCACCAUUGUGUCAGACAACGCCAUUGAAACGGACACUUUGCUGGGUGCAGUAGAUCUGUGUUUUAAGGCUUUCUUUGUGUUUGACCUCAAUUACACAAAGCAGUGUCUCCCCACCUGGGAGUUUAUCCAACAGGCAGUAUAUAACAUUGAUGGAAAAUGAAUCCUCAAAUGUCAAAUUUAUGAGGACAUCAAUUGCAGCUUUGGCCUAAAGGUACACAGAGAGAAGUAGCCUUUUAGUGAUGUGUGUCAAACAAGUUGACAGCUGCUCUCUAAAAACAUGAUUGACACAAAACAUGAUUGCAGAAGACAGUAGGCACACACUUUAAUUGUGUCAAAACAUUGACCCGCGUUUACAGUACCUACUAUUCCUGUUAAUUCAUUUAUUUUUAUUUUAUUUUUAUUACUUUACGUGAUUUAAUUUACUUAUUAUUUACUUAUUUAAUUUACUUCAUUUAUUUAUUGACCUUGUUAUGUUUGUGUCUGUAUAUAGUUUCUGCUGGGCAGAGAAAUGUUUUAUCUCUAUAUUUAAACAUGUUCAUGUUAUUUAAACCUGAAAGAGAAGUUGGUCCAGAUAACAGCACUUUGUAAUAUAUCAUUUGU